AUGGCAGCAACAAGAAUUUUUCGUUCAAUUGCCCACAAUCCUGCCUUUGAAAACCUCAAAAUUCCUGGAAUUACAAUAGUCCGAACCAAAGACCAAGCAAAAAGAGUUGUGGAAAUUCUUAUGAGUCAUCCUGAAAGAAUUCAUGCUUGAGAUACUGAAACAAUAGGCUUCGAUGUUAAAGAGCAAUCUCCUGUAGGAAAUGGUCAAAUAAUUUGUGCUACUGCAUUUAUAGGUCCAGAAGUAAAUUUUGGUUCAGGCUCAAAGCUUUUUAUUGACAAUUACGCAGAGGCAAAUGGUAUAAUUGAAGAAUUUAAGCCUUAUUUUGAGAAUCCUGAUUAUUACAAAGUUUGGCAUAACUAUGGCUUUGAUCGUCACAUUUUUUAUAACCAUGGAAUUAACGUCCUUGGCUUUGGAGGCGACACAAUGCACAUGGCAAGGCUUGCAAACCCUUCGCGAGGUCCAAAAGAAUACAGCCUAGCCAGAUGUACACACAAUUAUUCCCAGCUUAUGACUAAAGUAAAAAACAAGCUUAUCAAAGACCUUAUAAAUUUCAACACAAAAGACCCAGAAGUCUUAAAAACCAUCAAAGAAUACACUGCAAACACAAAAAUGAGGGUAAAAAAGACAAUGGAUGAGCUUUUUGCCUACCAAAAACCCUUAAAAUCAGGAGGAUUAAGCAAGCUUCUAGUAACUCCUGAAGUAGAAGAGCUUCAUACGACCCCACAAUAUAUAGAAAAAUGGGUAGAUUAUUCCACACUUGAUGCGGUAGGUUUUAUAUAGGAAUUAACCUUUUAUUUACGAGAAGCCUUGGUUACUGAAUUAUCAAGUUUUCCUUUAAAAUCUGAAGAUAUGACUACCUUGUGGGAUUUUUAUUUAAAAUAUUGGCUGCCUCUAGGAGAAACAUUGACAGAUAUGGAAAGAAAUGGCAUGAAAUUAGACCUCCAACAUAUGAAAAAAAUCAACGACCAAGCGAAUAAUGACAAAUUUAAAUAUAAAAACGAGUUUUUGAGCUGGGUCAACAGUGUGGAUCCAGAUCUGCUUUAUUUUAAUCCAGAUUCUAAUGCCCAUAUGCAGCAAUUUUUAUAUGCUCCUUUUAAUAAAGAACAAGGAGAAGCGAAUUCUGAUAGUGAAGGAGAAGAAGAGGAGGUAAGAAAGACCUCAAAUAUGUCUUUAAAAAACCAAAUGUAUUUUCCUAACUCCCCCAAUCCUUGAUCGAACGAUUGACUGUAAAAAUUACUAAAAAUUGGGAAAAUUAACCCCUAUCCUGGAUCGAACGAUUUCAUAUCAUAUAAAUUUUUAUAUAUAUAAAAAUAUAUUAGCUAUCAAAAGCUUGGGAAGAUAUACAUAAUGAAGUUGUUUUCAGAAGCUUUGAGACGAUAAAGCUACGAGAUCAACCAUCUGAAGUGAUUUAAUCAUCAACUUAGGCUUAAAAACUCAAUCAUCUAAUAAAAUAGAGAUUCUUUAAAAUUUAAAAAAAAAAUUUUAAUUUAAUAAGGAGUAAAUUAAAAUUUAUACAGUUUAUUUUUAUGAAAUUAAUUCAAUUUUUUGCUGUAAAAAUAAUUAUUAAAUACUCUUAACCCUCUUAUUUAAAAGUAAAUAAAAAUAUAUAUAUAUAUAUAUUUUUUAUUUUAUAUAUAAAAAAUUUAUUUUAAACCCAUCCUUGAUAGAACGAUGGCGAGCCGUUCGAUCAAGGAUGGGGGGGAGUAAAGAAAGGACAUUUUUAGUAGAAAAUUUAGAUAGAAAAGACGGUGAGAAAAAAAUGACCCAUAUGACAAUUAAAGGGCUAGGACUUCCAGUGCCUUUUAGGACCAUAUCUGGAAUGCCAUCGGUGGAUGGAAAAGCGUUAAGGUUGUUAGCUGGAGACCCGAGCAAUGGUAAGCAUGGAAUCGCUUAUGAAUUUUUCAAAAAUCAAGGAGAUGAGAAAGCUGGAAUUUCUAUAUGUUAUGCACUGGAUUCUUUAUUGAAAUAUAAAUUAAAUUAAAUUGAGAGUCUUAACGUCUACCAGAUUUCAUGCCUCCUCACGCUUGAUCGACACCAACCUGCGUGCCGAGCGGAAAUUCAGCGGGUAUUUGGAACAGUGAUCUUCUCUAGGAGCAGGGCUUGCACUAUGACCUCCAAGAGUGUUGACAGGUUAGAAAGACACCCUGCCAGUACGCCAUCGGACGCUAUGGAAGUAUAGGUUAUCCCAAUACCUCCUGUCGGCCACCUUCGGGGAGGUACACCCAGGAAACCGUCCGGAUAACUAAUACCUGGGCUGGAAUUGUCACCAGCUGACUCUCAAGGUUUACCCACCCCAUACUGCAGCGGUUACACAUACUAAGGGUUAGGACUAAAGGGCCUGAACCUUGUCUUAGGCUAUAAAACCAUUUUGGCGCCCAAAGUGGCACGACCUCCAUAAGGGCAUAUUUCGUCGUCACCACCAUAUUAAUCAUCGAAAUAUAAAGGGAUUGAUACUCUGCUUCACACUUAUAUUGAGCCUCUACAAACUUUGUGUGAUAAAGAAGAAAGAAUCCAUUAUUCUUUAAAUAUUAACACAGAAACUGGGAGACUUUCAGCCAAAAAGCCAAACGCUCAGAAUCAGCCAGCUCUAGAUAAAGAUAUAUAUAAAAUUCGCAAAGCUUUUAUCGCAUCUACAGGAAACUGCUUAAUUGUCGCUGACUAUGGCCAGCUUGAGCUUAGAGUUUUAGCUCACAUGACAAAUUGUCAGUCAAUGAUAAAUGCUUUUCAUGCAGGCGGCGAUUUUCACUCUCGUACAGCUAUAUCUAUGUACCCAGAAAUAAAACAAGCUGUAGAUGAAGGCAAAGUUCUAUUAGAAUGGGACAAAUCUCAAGGCGAGCCCCCAGCACCUUUACUAAAAUCUUUAUAUGCUGCACAAAGAAAAACAGCUAAAACCAUGAAUUUUUCAAUUGCGUAUGGCAAAACAGCUCAUGGUUUCGCAAAAGAUUGGGGCUGCAGCUUAGAAGAAGCUAGUGAAGCGUUAAAAAGAUGGUACGCUGAGCGAAAAGAAGUAGAAGAUUGGCAAGAUCAAGUAAGAAAACUUGUAAGAAGUAAAGGCUAUACAAGGACACUGCUAGGGAGAUAUAGAAAAUUGACUGAAGUUAAUAAUAAACUUCCCUCAAAAAAGCAGCAUGCUCUGAGGGCAGCUAUAAAUACGCCUAUACAAGGAGGAGCAGCAGAUAUUGUGACCGGCGCAAUGAUAAGGAUUAAUUAUAAUGAUGAGCUUAAACAGAUGGGCUGGAAGUUACUAUACAUUUUAAGGUAAAUAUGAUGAUACAGUAUUAUAAUGAAUUUUUGGGAAAAAUUUUAUAUAAUAUGGGAUAGUCCAAAUACAUGAUGAAGUUAUAUUAGAAGGCCCUUCAAGCUCAGCAGACCGAGCCUUCGAGAUUGUAAAAGAAUGCAUGUCAAUGCCUCUGGACGAACCACUUAGAAUAAACUUAGAAACUGAUGCAAAAAUUGCCCAAAACUGGUAUGAUGCCAAAUAA